UGUUUUAUAUAGUAAACAAACUUAAAAACCAAGAUACCGGUGUAAACUUGUAGAUGGCGUGGCAUAUAAAUUAAAUAAUAAAAAUUACUAUGAUUAACGCCAAUAUUCUAGCUGCAAUAAGUGCCGCUAUUGCUGUAAGAUCUAUUGUGUCACUAUAUUCAUAUUCUGGACAAGGAAAGCCGCCAAUGUAUGGCGAUUACGAAGCACAAAGGCAUUGGCAAGAAAUCACAACAAACUUGGAGCCUAAAUAUUGGUACAGAAACACAAGUGAAAAUGAUCUAUUAUACUGGGGAUUAGAUUAUCCACCUGUGACAGCAUAUCACAGCUAUUUAUUGGGUAUUGUCGCCGGAAAAUAUAAUGAGAGUUUUGUUGAAUUGACCAAAUCACGUGGUGUGGAAUCCGAUGAACACAAAACAUUUAUGCGUUUAAGUGUAUUGCUUGCUGAUGUUGUUAUAUAUCUGCCAGCUUUGCUAGUACUUUGUAAAGUGAUUUUAAAUCAACAAAAUAAAAAAUCAAUGCUCGUCUAUCUUAUAGCAAUGAUUUUGUAUCCUGGACAAAUUCUCAUAGAUAACGGACACUUUCAGUACAAUAACAUAUCGCUUGGUUUCUUUUUGAUUGCUAUAGCUGCUAUAUGUAAAGAAAAACAUUAUAUAGGCUCAUUCGCAUAUACAUUAGCAUUGAACUAUAAACAAAUGGAGCUUUAUCAUGCCUUUCCAAUUUUUAUUUAUCUGCUCCGCACAAGCCUUGACCAAAAGAGUUUUUCCCAAAAGCUUAAAAAGUUCUCAUUAGUAGCCACAAUUGUUGUAAGCACAUUUGUUGUAUUAUGGUUGCCUUGGCUACGAUCGCUGGACUCAAUUUUAGAGGUGGUGGGACGUCUCUUUCCCAUUGGACGUGGUGUGUUUGAAGAUAAAGUUUCAAACUUUUGGUGUGUCGUAAAUGUCGUUUACAAAAUUAAAAACAAAUUGUCAAAUCAACAAAUGGCUAUACUGUGCUUAGGUGUUACUGCUGCUUUUGUGCUCCCAAUUAACGUUCAUCUCUUCUUCAAUAAAAGAAAAGAAACUUUCUUGUUAAGUUUGGUGAGCACAGCCAUGACUUUUUACUUGUUCUCAUUCCAGGUUCAUGAAAAGUCUAUACUACUUGUCGCUGCCCCCGCAUUAUGUUUAUUAAAUAGCUAUCCACUGGAAACCUUAUGGUUUUUGGAAGUUACUGUCUUCAGUAUGUUUCCUCUAUUUAUAAAAGAUGGCCUGGCAAUGCCAUUUUUUGUGCUGCUGUUUAUUUAUCAUGUCUGCGGUAAAGAUAUUAUUUUGAAAGAAUUUAAUUAUCGACAAUUUAAAAAUAGAGUUAUGUCAGCUAUCUUCUCUAUGUCUGUAUAUUCCAUGUUUGUAAUUUCAUGUGUGUCAUUGUUUGCACCUGCGCCCGCGAAAUAUCCACACAUUUGGUCUUUACUGAUUAGUGUUUAUAGUUUUGUACACUUCUUCUUAUAUUUUUGUUUCUGCAUUUGGCAACAAUUUGUAAAUGAUUUUACAAAAACAAAAGCUGCGUGAGAAAUCAUUAUUGUUAAAUUAACAAAAGUUGAAAACAAAAAAAUAAAACAUCGAUACACACACGAAA